CUUGCUUCCUGUCUCUCAGUUUCCUGUAUCCAUGGCAACCCCUGUUUUACACAUUGGCUGUAGAGGAACCAGUGUGAAGAGUGGCAUUUCCUGCAUAGCCAUGGCUUUAAAAUUCAAAAAACGGUGGAGUGCUGGCGGUCAGCAGUGCCCAGAGGAGCUGAGUUAAGGAACGGAGUUCUGCAGAGUUAAAACAAAGCCUUAAAGCCACGUGAUGAUACGAGUCCCUUAUCGUUGAAUUACAUCCAAGGGUCCCUAAGCCAUUGUCUUCACUGACUCCUCUUCAGGCAAAUUCCAAUUUUGUGAAUACAAACUUUUGGGUCUUCAAGAGUGGCUAGCCUCGUCAGCCCUUGCUGUAAACGUCUGUUAUCAGAAUCCCAUAUCUAUGUGUGGCAGAGCAUUAUGUUAUGUUAAAUGGACUAACAUUACAAAUUGCCUUUACCUUGGACCAAUAUAUCCAGAACUUGGGCUGUAAAAUCUCUUGUAUUCAUCACACGACCACUGCACUAAUGAUGGCCUGGCAUAAAGCAAGCACAAGUGGGAACCCUUUGGAAAGCACUGUGGCGGAGAGCAGUCGCGUCUGGGAACCGGCCCCAGCUUCCCCGGCCAGUAGAUCUUUUCAAGAGAGUACACUUGGUAAUGCACUGGAGACGACUGCAGUUGUGUCUGUGCAGAAACAGCUCACUUCUGUUACCUUGACCUCGGAAAAAAACACUGCUCUACCAAUUGAUGCCUCUUCUGUGUCAGGAAAAGCAUCUCUCAUUUGUACACAAGAAGUUGAGAAGUUGAAUGAGGCCUUUGACUUUUUGCUAGCUUUUUUCAUCUUAGCUUGUGUUUUAAUCAUUUUUUUGAUCUACAAAGUUAUUCAGUUUAAACAAAAACUAAAGGCUCUAGAAGACUCAGUGGAAAAUAGACUCGAGUAUUACAGCUUUUAUCAGUCAGCAAGGUACAAUGUAACUGCCUCGGUUUGUAACACCUCCCCGGAUUCUCUGGAAAGUUCUGGCUUGCAACAGAUUGGACUUGAUAAACAAAUUGUUCCUGAAAAUGGGGCACAAGUCAUUCUCUUUGAACAUUCUGCUUUAUGACUCAACUAAAUAUUGACUAUAAAAAACUCCGUAGUGCCAUGUGGCCAUAAAAUUUAAUCCUUCUCAUAGAAUUAUGUUAGGAUUGUUAAAGUGUUUAUAAGUAAUUUGAAUAAAGUGUAUUCGUUCUGCAUAUAUUUUCUUUGAAAUUGUACCAAGAUAAGUAGCCAACUUUCUGGGUACUGAACAUCAUAUUAAAUAUGUCACAAAUCAUGUUUAUUUCUAAAGUCUUAUAAGGUUGUAAUAUCUAUAUUAAAUUACACAUAAGGAAAAAUGGGAGAGAGUUUAACUAAUUUUUCAGAAUCCUCAUGACUUAUGGUGUGUUUUAACUCUGACUUGAGCUGAAGCUUUUAAUUUUAUGCUUUGAUGCUGCCUAGGCACUAAGAUUACAGUAUUGAAAAACUAGAUGUGGUUCCUAGUCUUGCUAGAACCCGAACCUAGAAGAGGACCCAUGAUUAGUAUGCAGUAUGCUAAGUGCUGUUCUCGGAAGCACUUUUGAAUAUGUGGUGAUGAAGGGCAACUUUAUGAAAACAAUAAGAAGCAUUAAAACUAUCAUUCUGUGCAUAGACCUCUUGGUGCUCAAGAGGCAGAGGCAAGCAGAUUGUGUGAGCUCCAGGCCUGCCAGGGUUAUAUAGUAAGGCCAUGAACCAAAACCAAGACAGAGCAGCAGCAACAACAAAUUCACUUUAUCAGCAAACAGAUUAACCCAGUAAAGAGAGCUGUCAGAAAGGUUACCAUGUUAGAAAGAUUAAUGAACAAGAAAGAAUACUACUUUUUGGGACUUAAAGUCCUGACAAGAUUUGCAGCUGUAUAGAUAGAUCAAUGGUUAAAGGCUAUUAUAAUUUCAUGCUUUAUUCUGAGGGCCACGGGGAGCCCUUGAGAAAUUUAUCCACUGGAGAGAUACUAUGGAAUUCACCCUCUUUUAGAAAAAAUUCACUCUUUAUGGAAGGAACAACAUUAACUAAGAAGCAGAACUAUUAACUCUGGUGAGAGAUGCCAGUGUAGUAGUGGGCAGGAUGGAUAGAAAGUUACUCUGCCAGUCUGAUGACCUGUUUUGGUAAUUGAUUGAGGGGAGCUAAAAGAUGUCCCGCUUUUGCUGUAGGCAAUUCUGUACUCCAUUCUGGAAGCCAAGGAAUGAUGUUGAAGCCGGUGAGCCAAGAGGCUCAGUUUUGAAUGAGUAGGAUUUCAGGUUCAUGUAUAGUUGACAUCCCUGUAUACAUACCUGGCAAGCAGGAGUUCAGGAUCAGGGUUUAUCUGGUAAAGCUAAUGCACACUUAUCAUCUAACACAUUGAAAGUAAAAACAAAACAAAACCACUUGCUGCCAAAACAACUAAGCAAGAAAGAUUAGGACUCGAGUGUUUAGACUCUUUAAUAUAGAUAUUUAUUAGAGGAAAUCAAGUAAUGCAAUG